AUCUAAUUUUCCUCCUCUUUUCGCGCAGCGAUCACGUUGUCUUCGAUUUCGCGAGGGAUUUCUUUCCUCUCCUGAAGCAGCGUUUCGCCGUCUUUUAUCAUCCUCAACCCACCUAUCUGAAAACCCUUUCUCCAGGUUAGAGGUUGGGAAUUUACCCAGUUUUUAUCUUAUUCUCGGUUUCUGUUAGGGUUUUGUUUCUAUUCAGUUGUCUGUUGACGUAUUUUCCGUGACGACGGGAAUUCUAGGUUGAAUUUUUAUAUGGAAUAAGAUAUUUGCAGAAUCCGCUUUACAUUUGUACUUGCGCCUUCUGUGUUUCGAUUUUGUAAUUUUGUUCAAAGGGUCAGUCAAAUCUUGAGCUGGAAUUUGACUUCUGAAGCUUGAAGGCAGUUGUCGAGUGUGUUUUCGGUUCCGUCUCGAGCUUGUUGUUGCUGUGUAAUUAUGGCGGCUGGGCGUCAUGGGGGUUACCGUGAAAACGAGUUCAGGGACCGGGAGACCAAUUUUCAUGUGUCGAGGAGGUCGUUUGGUAGCGCCAGGCAAGAGUUUGAAAGAGUUAAGAUCAUCAAUGAUGAUCGUGGUGUUCGUCGGAGUCUAGCGCGGGAUGUCAGAGACAAGGUCAGGGUUAGGCACCAGGAUAUGAAGGAGAACGCGAUUGUUAAUGGUCAUUAUCAUUCUUUUUCUAGCAAGAGCUAUUCGGGUAACAGUGAUGGUGGUAUUAGUGGCAGUGAUCAUGGCCCGAAGCAAAAUAGGGUUUCUCGUACCAUUGACAGGGAGACAGGUGAGUUAUCCAGUGAGAGUGGAUCUGAUGAUGCUAUUGAAUCUGGCUUGGGGGUCAAAGGUAGCAAGGACUCAAAGGUGGGAGAAAAUGGGAAUCUAUCUCCUAUGGAGAGGAAGAGAAAAAUUUCGCCUAUAGUUUGGGACAGGGACAACAGCAAGUUGAGUAUUCCAUCCCGAAAUAAGAUUAUCACAACAGUGAUGGGUCUUCCACGGCCUCAAAAGUUGAGUCGUCAGUCACCUAAUAUUAUCUCAGACAGCAAUGUUAAUACAUCUUCAGUUAGGAAUAGUGAUAACGAGAAUUUGCCAUCUUCCGAGUUUCAUUCUCCUUUAGUCUCCGAAUCAUUAGCAUCUCCUGUUUUUGGAAAGCGUCUACACCAGAAUGUAGAAGUAGAAUUGUUAGAUAAUGAAGAUAAUGGCCCUACAAGGAAUAUCUCAUUUUCACGGUGGGCAGGUGGAAAUACCUCUCCAUCUGAUGAAGGUGAGGUUUUAGAUGAUAAAGAAACACUAAGACAAAAGAAGAUACCAAUUACUGCAAUUCGGGAAACUAAGUUACAUCUCAAAACCCCUAGUGACUCAUUUUCUGAAGAUGGGGACCUCAAGAGCAAUGGUUUCAAGUCAAACGAAACGAGAGUGAGGUCAUCUGAAUCUAAUGAACAAGGUGCCCACUGUAGAUUUUUGAGUGGGGAUGAGAAUUCCGGUGGUGAUGUGGAAAGGGAUGACUUUAUGGAGGUUGAUGAGAGGCAUGAUAUUAGUUAUGCUAGUUUUAGUCCAUCAGAUACUGACUCUGAUGAUAAUAACGUCUGUGCCACGCAGGAGCCUCCUUCACCCAUUCAACGAAGUGUAAACAUGCUUCAGGGAUGUAGAAGUGUUGAUGAAUUUGAGAGACUAAACAAGAUUGACGAAGGCACCUAUGGUGUUGUGUAUAGAGCCAGGGACAAGAAGACUGGGGACAUUGUGGCCUUGAAGAAGGUAAAAAUGGAGAAGGAGCGGGAAGGGUUUCCGCUGACUGCUUUGAGAGAAAUAAAUAUUCUUCUUUCAUUCCACCACCCAUCAAUCAUUGACGUGAAGGAAGUUGUAGUGGGGAAUAGCCUCGAUAGCAUUUUUAUGGCAAUGGAAUACAUGGAGCAUGAUCUUAAAGGACUUAUGGAGACCAUGAAACAUCCGUUUAGUCAGAGUGAAGUAAAAUGCCUAAUGAUUCAGCUAUUGGAGGGUGUUAGGUAUCUCCAUAGUAAUUGGGUGCUUCAUAGAGAUUUGAAGACAUCUAAUUUGCUUUUGAACAACCAGGGUGAAAUGAAGAUCUGUGACUUUGGAUUGGCUCGUCAAUAUGGAAGUCCUUUGAAGCCGUAUACACAUUUAGUUGUUACACUUUGGUACAGGGCACCUGAACUUCUGUUGGGAGCAAGACAGUAUUCUACCGCAAUUGAUAUGUGGUCCUUAGGUUGUAUAAUGGCUGAACUUCUAUCAAAGGAACCUCUUUUUAAUGGGAAAACUGAAGUUGACCAACUUGAUAAGAUUUUUAGAACUCUAGGCACUCCGAAUGAGACUAUUUGGUCUGGAUUCUCCAAGCUUCCUGGUGCUAGAGUCAACUUUGUUAAGCAUCAGUUCAAUCUGCUUCGGAAGAAAUUCCCUGCCACAUCAUUUACUGGCUCUCCAGUUCUAUCUGACUCUGGGUUCGAUCUGUUGAACAAACUUCUAGCAUAUGAUCCUGAAAAGAGAAUAUCAGCUGAAGAAGCUCUUGAUCAUGAGUGGUUCCGUGAAGUGCCUCUCCCAAAGUCUAAGGAGUUCAUGCCUACGUUCCCUGCUCAGCAUGCUCAAGACAGGAGAAUGCGAAGAAUUUUAAGGAGUCCAGAUCCCCUUGAAGAGCAACGUAUAAAGGAAUUGCGGCAGCAGGAGUUGGGAACUACUGGUCUCUUUGGAACCUGCAAAAUGCUUGCCGAGAUUGGAGCAAUAGCUGUUUGUUAAGAUAAGUACCUUGAGCUUUACUAUAAAUAAAACUAUGCAUUGAGUAUUGUUGGUAAUGAGGUGUAUUCUUUAUCCUUGUUAUUGACUCUGGUAGACAGUUCUGUGGUAAAACUGGCUCUUUUUCCAACCAGUAUAUGUGUGGGGGAAUUUUUUGAUACCUGUUCUUUUCGUAUUAUCUUUAUUUCUGUUGUGCUUCCCUUCAUGAAUUUUUUGUCUUGUAAGUAAAGUCUUACCCGCCAGGGAUGAACCUUGCAUUCCCCACAAGGAGUUGAUGUGAGCAAUUGGUUUUAACAAUUUGCUUAGUCCCUUUGAUUCUGUGGGAAAAAGAUCUUAAGCCUUUUCUUCCGAGUUCAAGUAUUACGAACCAUAGAUCUUUGAGAUGGUAAUUGGUGCCUGAUGUAUUGAACUUCUUUUUCUUUCUUCCAAUCCUGAUCUUGAAGUCUCACUGCAAUAACAAAGCAAGCAAGUUGAGUCUAGAGGAUAUAAACUGUGAACUCUAGAUUUCUUAAAAUAAUUGCUUAUCCAUCAUGUAAAAUGCAGAUUUUCAAUUGUCGAUCAUGUUACCUUGGGCAAUUCUGUAUUUCAGUCCUUUGAUGGGUUGGAAGAAGAAAGGCAAGAUUUGGAAGGAACUUCAACUGUUCUUACAUUAUUUUGGGAAGCAUGUUGUUAUGCCUGUCUCACACCUGAUCCAUCCCUCAAUCAUCAUUUCACAGGU